UGAGCGGCGCGGCGGCGGGCUGGCGAGGCGUCGGGCCGGUGGCCGCUGGACUCGCGGGGGGAUCCGGGCGGCUGUGUGCGGCUGCGGCCAUGACGGGCAACGCCGGGGAAUGGUGCCUCAUGGAGAGCGACCCCGGGGUCUUCACGGAGCUCAUCAAAGGGUUCGGUUGCCGAGGAGCCCAAGUAGAAGAAAUAUGGAGUUUAGAGCCUGAGAGUUUUGAAAAAUUAAAGCCAGUUCAUGGGUUAAUUUUUCUGUUCAAGUGGCAGCCGGGAGAGGAACCAGCAGGCUCUGUGGUUCAGGACUCGAGAUUGGACACGAUCUUUUUUGCCAAGCAGGUGAUCAAUAAUGCGUGUGCUACACAAGCCAUAGUAAGUGUGUUGCUGAACUGCACCCAUCAGGAUGUCCACCUGGGAGAGACGCUGUCCGAGUUCAAAGAAUUUUCACAGAGUUUUGAUGCGGCCAUGAAAGGCUUGGCCCUGAGCAAUUCGGACGUGAUCCGGCAAGUCCACAACAGCUUCGCCAGACAGCAGAUGUUUGAGUUUGAUGCAAAGACGUCAGCCAAAGAAGAAGAUGCGUUUCACUUUGUCAGUUACGUUCCUGUCAAUGGACGGCUAUAUGAAUUGGAUGGAUUAAGAGAAGGACCGAUAGAUUUAGGUGCAUGCAAUCAAGAUGACUGGAUCAGUGCAGUAAGACCAGUCAUAGAAAAAAGGAUACAAAAGUACAGUGAAGGUGAAAUUCGAUUUAACUUGAUGGCCAUUGUGUCUGACAGAAAAAUGAUAUACGAACAGAAGAUAGCAGAGUUACAGAGACAGCUGGCGGAGGAGGAACCCAUGGAUACAGAUCAGGGCAGUAAUAUGUUGAGCGCCAUCCAAUCAGAAGUUGCCAAAAACCAGAUGCUAAUUGAAGAAGAAGUUCAGAAAUUAAAAAGAUACAAGAUUGAAAACAUCAGAAGGAAGCAUAAUUAUCUGCCUUUUAUCAUGGAACUGCUGAAGACCUUGGCGGAGCAUCAACAGCUAAUCCCGCUGGUGGAGAAGGCAAAAGAAAAACAGAAUGCAAAGAAAGCUCAGGAAACGAAGUGAAGAUGGCCCUUUGGCUGCGUCUGCCUUUCUGCUUCUGCACUGCUGUUCAUGGAGACCAUUGGGUGUAACAGACUUUGAACAGCCUCCUGCUCGGCUCGGUGCACGUGUGGCCUAGUGCCCGUCUGUGUUGUCUUUAAUGCAUGGAUCCUUAAGCUUUUCCCCUAGCUGCAUCAUGUGCAUGUAGUGCAUAUUUAAUAAAAGUCAUAAUAAGAAUGCUUGCCCAGAUGCCCAAAUUCCGUUAUUUGACACUGGAUUUGAGAACUGCUGGUGACUCUGAACAUGUAUGGUGCCAUGAUGAACUUAGAAGAUGCACAAAUGAUAUUCUGUACCUGCAACUUAUAAUUUUCUGAUCUUCAUAUUCAGUUGCAUAGUACAGUUUACAAAUUGCAGAUCUCAACUAAGCUGAUUUCUCAUCAUUAAUAGGAAAAAAAAUCACUAUUUCUGUCUUUGAUAUGAGUGAUUUGAGGACUUUAAAACUGAAUUUUGUCUCUUAUACCAACUGUUUGAGAAAAGUUUGAUUUUUAAGGCAGAUAAUUUGAAAUGAACAGAAGUAUAAUUUGCAUCAGAAUUUUAUUAAACAUUCUUUAGGUGUUUGGGAUUAUUCAUUUAAAUAUUGUAUUAUUUUAGGAAAUGUCACAGUAUUGUGUUUCAAAGCAAAAUUUCAAAUUAAGUUGUAAAUCUUGAUGUAUUUUGAUGUUAUUUUCAGUUUGUCAACUUUUUCAAGCUGUCAGCCUGUAUAUUGAAAAUGGUUACAGUUCCGGUUACCUUCUGAAGCAGUGACGGUGGGGCAGUAAGCCCUCUGUGCCAACUGAACAAAACUAGUACAGCCUGCAGUUUUUUAGAGGCAUGCACGAUUUGCUUACAAUUGGUUAUUUUAAAUUAAAAAAAAUUGCUUUAGAGUUGCUUUGUUUUUUCUUACAGAAUAAUGCUGUACUAUAUUCUUAAUUCUGAUGUUUUCCAAGUUAAAAGGAAGUUUUAUAAAAGUUUUUAUAAGAAAAUCUACCUUUUUCUUUACAAGGCACAUAACUGAAGUUUAUUCAUGACUUUUUAAGCAUCUAUUAUUUAUUAUAAAAAGAUUUCACAUAAUUUAUUUUAUUAGAGAAAACUGUGCCCAUCUUUUAGCUUCAACAUGUGAAUUUUGAAAUUUGCUCAUGGUAUUAUUAGAUGACUUUAAUGAAGGGAAAGUUGGGACAUUGAAUAGAAAAUGAAUGAAUUAUUUUUCAUACAUAAUUUCAGUUGGUAAUAAAGAGUAAUGUAUAAUUUUCAGCUAUUUAUGGGAAAAUAUAUUUUGUUUGUGAUGCAGUAGUAAUUAUGGAAUGUUUUAAAGGUCUAACACAACUUUUAAAAUAUCAUCCUGAGGUGUGUUUUAGGCUCCUCUUGAUCUCAUUAGUUUAUUUCAGAUUGAGUUAUGUAUCUUAUUGACGCCAAGUAAGGAUUACUGUAGUAAGAAAUAUGCAUUAAUCAAUACGAUGUUAUUGGCGUAAGGAUGAACUGAUUAAAUCCGUGGAUUCGGAGAGAGCCUAGACACAGACACACAGUAGGCCAGCACUCGAUUCUCAGCAAAGGCGGCAGAGCAGUCCGACAGGAAGGAAAUCCUUUUCAAAGAAUAGAAGAGCUGAAUAUUCAACCUAUGUGAAUCAAUGAACAUGACCCCCACCUCACAAAAAUUAAUUGUAGUUGCUUCAUAGACCUAAAUGUACCUACUAAAACGUGUAACUCCUUUCACACAUGGGUAAGUAGCUUUGUGACUAGGGAUAGCCCCGUGUUUCUUAGGUCACAAGAAUAACCCCAAGAGUUCUAAAAUUAGAAUUCAUUACAUUUUAAAACUUGUCAGUGAAAGACACUGUUAACAAGAGUAAUUAUCAAAUAGUAUUUUAAAAAUAACUUUAUAAAGCUAUUAUGUUCAUAGACAUAGAGAUCUUUGUUUAUUAAUCUAAUUCUAAUAAAAUUCCUUGAUAUGAAUUUCCAUAGCUUUAGAAUGGCUUAUUUCAUUUUCCUCUUCUUUGAUGAUUGCAAAUGCAUUGUGACACUUCAUGAUUAUUUUCUGCCUGUAAAUAAAACGUAUGACA